AUGACUACAAAAGAUAGCAACGCAACUUAUAUUAAUAGUUUUACUAGUCUUACACUACCUUUAACACCAACCUUUAUAAAACAAUAUUUUGAAUCCGAACUAUAUGUAUUGCUAUUAGAAGCAAUAGAGGAAUUUAAAAAAUAUCUUGUACAUAUUAUUCAAAAACAUCUUAAAGAGCAUUUUAGCCAUUCUGGCAAACAAAUUAUUACCUUUCCUUGCUUAGAAAGUCUUUUUUUUGGAGUUUUCGAAAGGUAUAUUCAUUACUAUAAUUACAAAAAUGGAAAUUAUAAAUGUUUGUUACAGGGUCAAAAUGCGUAUAAUCAGUUAAGCAAUUUAUUUAAUAAUCCAAAUUGGGGACGUAGAUUUUUUGAUAAUGAACAACAGACUUUUGUUUUACUAUUUGAUAGAUGGGCUGAAAUAGAAGCUAAUCAGGAGGGUGAAUUUGAUCAAUAUGGCAAGCGAAUUCCAAAAAAUCGACGAAAAAAAUUUAACUUACCAAAGUUAAUAUUUGAAUGGAAAAGACAAACAAAAAAAGAUAUAAAAG